GGAGAGGAGGAGCAGCGAGUUGUACCUGACACCUUCAGCCGCGCGUCGCAGCUCUUCUCCCGCAGAACCAACAACGAGCGCCACCCUCCCUCGCCCGGUGCGCGUGUUAGUUCACCGGGGCUGUGUGCGGUUUGCACCGGGGAAAACAUGCAUCUAUUGACGGACUGAAAACUCCCCAAACAUCCACAAAGCAACUGAACCACCGGGAGCCUCCUGUCUCUCCUCGGACCUCCAGGAUUUGUCUUGUGUCUGCCCGGGUCUGAGUGAAGGGUGGAGAGGUGGGGACCACACCUGAGAGGAAGAUGCGGAUCCCGGUGCUCCUCUGUGCGCUGGCGUGUCUGUCUGCAGCCCCGGGCCCGGCGGUCGGGGCGGACCGGAGCUGCGUGGACCUGCGGCAGUUCUACACCGGGAAAGGCUUCACUCUGGCGGACGCUCCUCAGAACGAGAUCUCCGGUGAACAUCUGAGGAUGUGUCCUCAGGGUCCGACCUGCUGCACCAGCACCAUGGAGGAGAAUCUGGCCGGUCUGACGGCCCGAGAGACCGAGGGGCUGAUCAGAGACGCCGGCAGGUCGCUGCAGGCGUCUUUCAACGCCCUCCACAGGAGCUUCGACACCUAUUUCACCGAGCUGCACAGUCAGUCCGAGCGCUCCCUCCAGGAGGCGCUGUCUCCACUCGGCCCUCUCUACUCCCAGAACACCCGCCUGUAUGGAGAUCUCUACGCCGACCUGCGACAGUACUACCGGGGCUCUGCUCUCAACCUGGACGAGACGCUGUCGGAGUUCUGGUCCCGGCUUCUGGAGCGCACGUUCAAAUCCUCCACCCCCGCAGAGGUCAGCCUAUCAGAGGACUACCUUGAAUGUGUCGCUAAGCAACAGGAGACGCUGCGGCCAUUUGGAGACGUCCCUCGGGACAUGAAGGCGAAGGUGAUCCGCGCUUUUGUCACAGCCCGGUCGUUUGUCCAGGGGCUGAUAGUCAGCGGAGAGGUGGUCAGGAAGGUGUCGCAGGUCCAUUAUACAGUCACUUCAACUAAUUUGCAGCUCAAAUACGCCCGUCAAUAUGUUGCUAACUUGGACAGACGGCAGUAG